AUACACAAACUUAGCGAGUAGAUUAAAUCACGAAAGUAUAUAAGUCGAUUUGGCUAACAAUUAACAAGAAAAUUUUAGUUAAGCAUGGAUGAGCAACUGGACGAAAUAAUCAGCGGGAUUAUGUGCACUGAUAGCAGUCGCAUUCGCGAGUGCACCGCCGCAUUGGAACUGGCGUUUGAAAAUCCGCUAACACUGUCAAGGCUCUGCCAGAUACUGGUGUCACCUCGCGAGCCUCAAGUGCGCCAGUUGGCGGCAACACUGAUAAAUCAGCGACUCAAGAAGCUGCACCACUGGCAGUUGUUGCCGCCCGAACACCAGGCAGCCAUCAAGAGCGGCAUGCUGCAGGCAUUUAUUGGGGAGCAGCACAAGACGGUGAGGAAUGCGAUUGGCCAGCUCAUUGGGACUUUGGUGCGUCACGAGGCGGCCAAGAACGACCUGUGGUUGGCCGACUUGCUGGCAUAUGUAAAUCAACGUUGCAGAAUGGCCGAUCCAAAGGAGAGUGUGCUCGGAGCACUUCUAUUUUCCACGCUGGCCGACGCCGCACCCGGUCAGUUUAACAACCAAAUGACGGAGUCUUUUGAACUCUUCUCGUUUGUGCUGAUGUCAGCCCAGUCCUAUGGCAAUAUGGCCACACCCACUGUUACCAAUAUGAUGGAGGGUAUCACCGCGCUUAUUCCAUUAGUUGGCGGCCACACAGCUGCAGAGCAGACGCUGGCCAACGUUGUACCCCUGAUGCUCUCGGCCCUGCAGACAUUUGCCCGAAUUGGUGCUGAGUCCGAAUUGUCCUCCGGCUUUGACAUCCUCGAUGCCAUGGCCGAGCAUGCACCAAAAUUACUGACUCCGCAUAUAAAGAGCGUCGUGCAUUUCUGCCUGGAGACGAUGGCCAGCAAGCUGCUCGCUGAUGCCAUUCGUGUGCAGGUAGUGAGCUUCGUAGGAUGCAUUGCCUGCGUGGAGAAGCGGGUGAUCGUCAAACAUAAACUUCUGGAACCCAUACUGGUCGUUGUCGUGGAGAUGAUUUGCACUGAAUCUGAAUCUGAAAGCGAUGAAGCGGAUGCACUGGAUAACUACUUCUCGGGUGCAGGCAACACUCCUGGUGCUUCGGCCACACAAGCCCUCGAAAUAAUGUCUGUUCACAUAUCGUCUGAGAAGCUUCUUAACACACUACUGCCCAUUAUCGAUCCGGUUAUGCGGAGUGGGGAUCCACUGUACCGUCGCGGCGGCUACAUCUGCCUGGCCCUCAUCUUGGAGGGGUGCUCGGAGGCCAUCAAGCGCAAUAAUCUGGAAACAAUCUUGAGCAUUAUUAUUAAGAGAGGCGUUGUCGAUAAAGAUCCUGGCGUACGUAGCGUAGCCUACUAUGCCCUGGGUCAGUUCUCGGAGUAUAUGCAGCCCCAGGUAUCUGCAUUUGCAAUACACAUUCUGCCCGUGCUCUUAGAUUUCCUGCAUACUCUGGUGCUGGAGAAGGCGCUGGACCAAUCGGAGGGGCCCUGCUACAUGACGUAUCGUCGAAUGUUCUAUGCUCUGGAGGUGUUCUGCGAGAACCUCGAAGACAAAAUUGUGCCAUACUUGCCAGUGCUGAUGGAGCGUCUGUUAGGUUGCAUGGAGCAACGGAAGAUCGUACAAAUUCGACAGCUGGCCCUGUCCAGCAUCUCUGCGGUGGCCAUCGCAUCCAAAGAGCAUUUCUUACCGUACUUUCCUACGAUUAUGGACGCCCUGAAGCAGUGUCUGGUGUAUGAGUGCUCAGAGUCGCUGAAUCCGCUACGCAUUCAGGCCAUCGAUACACUGUCCUCGAUCUCCCGCACGGUGGGCAAGGAGAAUUUCAUGCAUCUCGCCCAAGAUACAACGCAGUUUACGCUGACCAUGCUGGAGCAGGGUCCCGAUGAUCCGGAUAUGAGGCGUGCCAUCUAUAGUCUGAUUGGAGGGCUAGCUAUUGUGGUGACUGAGAAUAUGGCCACCGUGCUUCCGAAGAUCAUGGAACGGAUUCUACAGACGGUGGCCACCACAGAGAAUGACUGCAGGACUAAAAACGAACAGGAUGAUGAUGUUGAGGAUGAUGAUAAAGAUGACUCUGACGAUGAUGAGCUGCAGGUUCAAAAUGACUAUCUCUUUGAGAAGGCAGAGGCCAUAUUAACCUUGAAGGAAUUCGCUGUCAAUUCGUAUAAAUCCUUCUCGCCCUACCUCACAAGUUCACUCGAAGCAGUCUACAAGAACAUUGAUCAUGGUCAGGAGGUCAUUCGCAAGGCAUCCGUCGAUGCGCUCUGCGCCUUUGUGAUUGCCCUCGAUAAUGUGCUGGACACAGAAGGCGUUUUGCGAGCCUGUGCCAUUCUCAUGCCAAAGUUUUCCAAACUCAUUAAGACUGACAAAGAACCGUCUGUGGUUCGUAAUUUACUUAAUGAGCUUGAUGAUCUCAUCCGAGCCGUUAAGUCUGCGGCUUUUCCUACUCCUGAAGAUGUAGAGAUUGUUGUUGGUGCUAUUGCAGGUGUGCUACAGAAUAAUACGGCCUGUCAGUACAGUGUGCACAGUGGCGAUGUUGACGCUGGUGAGGUGGACAAUGAGGAAAGCGAGUGCAAUGAGGUGCUCGUUGAGAGUGCUUGCAAUUUGGUGGCCACAAUUGGACAAGCUCUCGAUCGGGACACAUUCUCGAUGUGCUUUGGCCGACUGUACCAUUUAUUAUUGGCGAAACUGGGAAACGCUAAGCGAAACGAUAAUCCAGAUCGUCGUUUCCUUGUCUACGGCGUCUUGUCCGAAUGCAUUCAACCACUGGGAAUCCGUGUCAUCACCUAUUUCGAUGCCCUCUGUCCCGUGUUCCUUGAUGGCACCAACGACAGCAAACCAGAGGCGCGCCUGUGUUGCUUCUUCGGUCUGGGCGAACUGGUAUAUAAUGCUGAAUACAAGUCCUUUGGCUCGUUUUCUGUGAUUCUGCAAGCCCUCUCCAAUGCGAUCGCCAGCGAGACGGAUGCCUCAGUACUGGACAAUAUCUGUGGUGCCCUGGCGCGCCUGAUUAUAACCAAUUUCAAUCUGGUGCCUCUGGCUAAUGUACUGCCUGUGUUCGUCUCCGUUCUGCCCAUUCGCACUGACAUAGUAGAGAAUGCUAUGGUGCUCAAGGCCUUCCGUGUGCUCUACGUGAAUGCGCGUCCCAGUGUUGUCGAUUUCAUUUGCCAAAUGGUUUCCAUCACUCUACAUGUGCUGUUCAAUGGGCAGUUUGACGAUUGCGAGUCCCAUGUCAGUGCCCUCACCUUCAUGAUAGAAAUUCAAAGUGAAUAUCCCGACCAAUUCAACAAUGUGGUCAACUCGUGUACGAGCGCGAAUUUCUUGGAAUUCGUUCAGAGUGUUUUCAGCUAAGCAGAUACAAAUUUUGCG